UCGCAAUAUUUUGACUUUGUCAUUACUAACAUUGUAGCUGUUGGGCCAAGAAAUAAAUGAAGAAAGAAGUAAAGGUGGGCCCACGAGCUUAAGAAAUACAAAGUCAAGGAGCACAUGAUAAUAGGAGGCUUGGAGCGGAAGAAUUGGAACAAAGUGGAACACCUAGCUAAUUAACUGUCGAAUUCCAUGGAUAGAGGCUGAAUAGUCGGACUGUUAGCUGCUCAAGCGGAAAUGAUAUGAUCAUCCGUAUUAUAUAUAGGAGGACCAUCCCAUCAACAAAAAAGACAACUCUAGCUAGUUUAUUCCCAUCAUAUUAUUGUGGUUCAUAUUGAGAGCUUAAUUAUUAUAUUUUAUUCCCACUAUUGUGAUUCGUGAUAAGAGAUUGAUUAUUAUAUUUUAUUCACUAGUUCUUGUACGUUACCCAUAUCACUUUUUGAAUUCAUUUCGUAUACAACAAUUUGUAGAGUAGUCUUUUGGCUAAAACAAUUGGCGCCGUCUGUGGGAAAUCGUGCAAGAAAUUUAUUCUCCAUGGAAGGAACGAGCAACGAGAUGAUGGCCGAGUUUCAUAAGCAAUUGGAGGCGAUGAAGGAAGAAAUCCGGUGUGAAAUGGCUCAACAGAUUACUUUUAUCCAACGAGAAAAUGACGUGUUGCGCUCUCAAGUGCAAUCGGUGGCGUCCAUAGCUUCCAACUCAAGAUUUAGCCGAAGAGGUGAUGCCAUGACAGCAGCUACGAGGAUUGUGUUCAGACGGAUUUGCUCCAUAUGGAUGGUUUGGGAAGAACUAUUCAUGUUGGCCGGUCAUGUUAACUCCUUACAAUCUCCCUCCCGACAUGUGUAUGAAAAGUCACUUUAUCUUUUUGACUCUAAUUUGUCCGGGUCCCAAUGAUUUAGGAAAAAAAAUAGACAUUUAUCUCCAACCCCCUAUCGAGGAGAUGAAAGAACUUUGGGCCAUUGGGACACCAACAUAUGAUGUUUCAAGGGAUCAAAAUUUUAUAAUGAAAGCUGCCAUCAUUUGGACCAUUAGCGACUUCCCUGCCUAUGGCAUGCUUGCUCAACAAGCAGCCCAGAUUUAUUAUGCAGAAUACCCUUCAACCAGGCGGACACAGAAUCCAUGGGUGUGUGCAUGUACUGUCCGUCCGAGCAAAAUUGUAUCAUAAACUCAACACAAGGACGUUGAUUUAGAUGCUUUUCAGCAACAUUUUUUCCAACCUCCGCCGAUUGUUGAGACGGUCAACCAGCACAUUCAGCUAAGUGAUCUAAAUGGGGGAAGUGUUGAAGUCAUGCCAGAAACGCACCUUCCGGACCUACCAACUCCAUCUGAGCGCGAAAUUGUCGAAAUGCAUGAAGAACAAUAAAAUGCUCAUUAUCAGGAAGAAGGAGAAUGGAUAGAAGGUUCUGAUACAGAAGAUGUUGUAUAUGUAGAAAAUAAUGAAUCUGAUAGUGACUAAUUGUAUUGUUGUAUUACAAUUUUUUUGAGUUCGAAUAUUUGUACUCUUUUCUUCAUUAUUAUUGUAGUCCAACAAUAUUUGAUUUU